GUGAGAGAAUGCUUUGAUGAGGUCCGACCUGAUGAACAGAUGGAAUUUUAUUCGGGGAGGAGGGAGAGUGGAUAGAGGAGGGAAACUUCUCUUCCGCUUCACCCCUUUUCCGGCUGUUGCUGGAAUAUAGACGCCUGUGUGAUAUAUAUAUAUAUAUAUAUAUAUGUUUUUGUUUUUUCCUGGAGCAUGGGGGGGAAGCAGAGAGAGGAGGGAAAGGGAAGUAGUGAGUGAGGUGUGCGCUGAGCUGCCAGGACCUGGUGCUGCUGGCGGCGGCGGCGGCGCGCUUUGAUGUCGGCUCGCGGUGCAGGGGCUUCGAGUUAAAUCGUUGGAGGCGGUUAGUCGCGAGCGGGCGGGAGGGCGGGCGGCGACGGCAACGGGAGGCAGAGGCGUCGACAUUUUUCCUCGGCUCCAGGCAAAGGAAAAAAAAGCUCCCAACUCCCACCCACCCCCCCAUCAAAAAAAAAACCCCCUCUCUUCUUCAAGAUUAACGCCGUUCCGGGAGGGUGUUUUAGAAAAAAAUCUGCUCGGGUCUUUUGUUCAUUUUUUUAGUUAAUCGAGGAGGAGGCGGGGGGGGGGGGGGGGGGGGGGGGGGAGAGGGUGUUUGAUAAAAUAUAAAUAUAUAUCUGUACACUAAGUAUCAUGCAAGAGCCGGGGCGGAGGCGGCCGACGCCGCCGUUUCUACCCGGCCGUCGCGGCGGAUCGUCGUCCUGGAAGAAACUUUGCAACAGAUUCGGCUGGAUCGAGGAGUUGCUGCUGCUCGCCGCCGUACAUGUGUAGGACGGGGAGGGUGAGAGUGAACAGGAAGAAUACAAUACUACCGAUAAUUGUUUUCUGCUUGAAUAUUUGACCUUGCGAAGAAUUGUGAUUGCACUGGAUUUGGUGCUGUGUAUGUGGUUGCUACAAAAAUGAGUGCAAGAGGAAAGGCAUAUUUGGCAGACCUAGGGGGAAGCUUCACAGAAGAUGCACCAAGGCCACCUGUCCCAGGUGAAGAGGGCGAACUGGCAUCCACAGACAGUAGGCAAUUAAACCACUGUUUCUACCCCAUAAAAAAUGAUGGGCUUAAAAGUGAGGCUUCCACAGCAACCCCACGGAGACCAGAUUUGGAUUUGGGUUAUGAACCAGAGGGGAGUGCUUCACCAACACCCCCAUACCUGAAAUGGGCUGAGUCAUUACACUCUUUGCUGGAUGAUCAGGAUGGAAUAAAUUUAUUCAGGACUUUCUUAAAACAAGAAGAAUGUGUGGACCUGCUGGAUUUUUGGUUCGCAUGCAGUGGAUUCAGGAAACUGGAACCUAAUGAUUCUAAUGAAGAAAAGAGGCUUAAAUUGGCAAAAGCCAUAUACAAGAAAUACAUUUUGGACAACAAUGGUAUUGUGUCCAGGCAGAUCAAGCCAGCCACAAAAUGUUUCAUAAAGGAUUGUGUUAUGAAGCAACAGAUAGACCCUGCUAUGUUUGACCAGGCACAAACUGAAAUUCAGACAAUGAUGGAGGAGAACACCUACCCUGUAUUCCUGAAGUCUGAUAUUUAUUUGGAAUAUACAAGGACAGGUGGCGAAAGUCCAAAGUUAUAUAGCGAUCAGAGCUCGGGAUCUGGGACAGGAAAAGCAUUAUUAGGAUAUUUACCUACUUUGAAUGAGGACGAGGAAUGGAAAUGUGACCAAGACACAGAUGAACAAAAAGGGAGAGAUUUGGCUACUGUAAAUAGGCUUACACAGAAAUUGCUCAUGGAAACAGCACCACAACGUGCUGGUCCAACCAGGCGAUUCGAUGAGGCUCGGGAAUACAGACAUAGUUCAUGGCGGGAACCAGUCAAUCCUUACUACGUGAACACAGGGUAUGCCUUGGCACCAGCAACAAGUGCUAAUGACAGUGAGCAACAGAGUAUGUCAAGUGAUGCAGAUACCAUGUCACUGACAGACAGUAGUGUAGAUGGAAUUCCCCCUUAUCGAAUCAGAAAGCAACAUCGACGGGAAAUGCAUGAAAGUGCCAAAGCGAAUGGACGAGUGCCACUACCUCACAUUCCGCGCACGUAUCGGAUGCCAAAGGAUAUUCACGUUGAACCAGGAAAGUUUGCUGCAGCACUCAUCAGUCGGCUGGAGAGUGUAUUGCGAGAACGAGAAGCAGAGGAGAAAUUGGAAGAACGGCUUAAACGUGUGAGAGCGGAGGAAGAAGGAGAGGAUGCAGAUGCUUCAUCAGGUCCCUCUGCUGUUAGCCACAAACUGCCACCUGCCCAAGCUAUGCACCACUUCAAUUCUCGUUACUCUGAGAUGGGCUGCAGUGGAUUGCAAAUGCUUGAUGCUCACGAGGAGAAUCCAGAAUCGAUUCUUGAUGAACAUGUCCAGCGCGUAAUGAAGACUCCUGGCUGCCAGUCUCCAGGACCUGGACGGCAUUCUCCAAAGUCCCGCUCUCCAGACGGCUUAUCCAGUGGAAAGGCGGCAGCAUUAGCUGGGUCGUUGCAACCUUCAGGUCAUAAACAUGUGUCUAAGACAGGUGUGAAAGUUGAGACUCCCAAUAUGUACCAUCACAAACAUGUUUACCACCAUAUUCAUCAUCAUAAUGGGAUGAAACCAAAAGAACAAAUUGAGGCAGAAGCCACACAAAGGGUCCAGAGUAACUUCUGGAAUGCUGACUCUCACCACUAUGCAACAAAAUCACGGAAUUGUGCAGAAAGCACGAACAUGGUACCUAAUCCAGCUGAGUCGUCGAAUUAUGGGAGUAAAGUCAACACACUGUCGAAACGAAAUACCAAGAAGACUGAGCCAGGAAAAGCAGAUGCUGGGAACUACGAAACCCCUGCCCCUCCCGAGGACAUGGAGCGGAAUCAGAAGAUACUACAAUGGAUAAUUGAAGGAGAGAAGGAAAUUCACAGGCACAAGAAGGCUCCACAUAAUUUGACUGGGGCCAAGAAACAACCUAGCCAUGAUACUUCUAGACCAAGUUCAAUUGAGAGGCCAGGAACUGUUCAUCCAUGGGUCAGUGCUCAGUUGCGAAAUCCUGUCCAACCGUCGCAUCCAUUCAUUCAGGAUCCAACCAUGCCACCCAACCCUGCACCUAACCCUCUGACUCAACUGGAAGAGGCACGCAGACGGCUUGAGGAGGAGGAGAAGAAGAGUGGCAAACUACAGUCCAAGCAGAGGUAUGUGCAAGAGGUUAUCCAACGGGGUCGCACUUCUCUCAGGCCUGCAUGUAUUCCAGUGCUGAAUGUGGUACCAGCCGUCUCCGACAUGGAUCUCUCUGAGUCAGAGCAUAAACCGCAGAAGAAGUCAGCGAAUGGUGUUUCUCAGCCUGGUGACAACAUUGUGGUGGCCUACUACUUCUGUGGGGAACCAAUUCCAUACAGAACAUCUGUUAAAGGGCGUGUGGUCACAUUAGGACAGUUUAAGGAGCUGUUGACUAAGAAAGGGAAUUACAGGUAUUAUUUCAAGAAAGUAAGUGAUGAAUUUGACUGUGGGGUGGUGUUUGAAGAGGUUCGUGAUGAGGAAGCAAUUCUGCCAAUUUUUGAGGAGAAAAUUAUUGGAAAAGUAGAAAAAAUCGACUAAAUGCAAGCCAGCCAUGAAGAAGAGUAUGUAAUGGUACAAGAGAACAUUCAGCUGCUUGGAGUAUUUGAAAAUGCAUUACUGGAGGUCACAGUGGUUAACUGUGGAAAAUGCAUCAACCUGAUAUAUUAAGGCUUCCAACUCUCCACAGGGAUAUUUUACAACUGCUCGUUACAGCAGAAAAAAAUGGUGCUUUCAACACCAAGGUCUGCCAGUGCAGUCCUUUCAAGGGGAAUGUUUGCAGCAUUAUCAGUAUAUUUCAAACACUAAGUGUAAUGUAGCAUUGUAAAAUUGUAUUAGAAAUUGUAAUAUGAAACUGUUUACUAAAGCUGCAUAUUUUUGAUAUAAUGUAAUCUGAGGAAAAUAGCAUUUUUAAUGUAACAGUGCUCUUAUGUUAUUUUAAAACAUACAUACAGGUACUUGAGCUCACCAAAUGUGUACAGCCAUGUAUUAAUAGAUAUUUUGUCCAUAUUUCAAACCAUUGGUAGGUGUUUCUCUACUUGUAGAAUUGUUGAUUAUCACUAAUUCUACUGGCUUGUCAGGAUGAUGCCCAUCAAGAAAGUUUACAUAGAACCUUUGAAAUUACUGCUGUAUCGGCCUUUUUCACAGGGGUAUGUUCUACUGUUUUGCACGACCCAAUCGGAAUGUGUAUGCCAGGGAGCAAUUGACUGGGAGCAUUCCCCCACUUCCCUUUCUAAUGAGUUGCUAGUACCAGGCAUUAAUGGCUUUGGUACUUUCUAAUUUCUGCACGUUUUGGUUCACAGCUGUAUUUUGAAAGUAAAAACUGAAAUCUAGCUCAUUUGUCCCAAAUUCUCUCUACGAACAGCUUGAAUGGAUUAAAUUUCUGUUUUAUUUAUUGGGUUUCAGCAUGAAUUAGAAGAACACUGGUAUUGAUUUUGUUUGCUGACUCUAGCACGGGUUAAAUUGGUUGCAAUAUUUUGAUGUUUAUUAUUGUCAUGUGUACCGAGAUGCAGUGAAAAAUGUUGUGUGCUAUCCAGGCAAAUCAUACCAUACAUGAGUACAUCAGGUAGUGCAAAGGAGAAAAUGAAAUGCAGAAUAUAGUGUUCCAACUCCAUAGAAAACAGAUAAAUUGCUAGGGCCACAAUGAGUUAGAUUAAAAGAUGGGGAAUUCAUCCUUGGCCUACAAGAAGUCCAUUCAAGAGUCUCAAAACAGUGGGGAAGAAGCUGUUAUUGAAUCUGGUGGUACAUGCUUUCAAGCUUUUGUAUUUUAAGCCUGGCGGGAGAGAGGAAAAGAGAAAAUGACCUGUGUGUGAAUGGAACCUUAAUUAUAUUGGCUACUUUCCUGAGGCAACGUGAAAUAUUAAUGGAGUCGGUGGGGUGGGUAGGUGGGUUUGUGUGAUGAACUGGGCUGCCUACACGACUCUCUGCAAUUUUUGCAGUGUUGGGCGUAACAGUUGCCAUAGCAACUGUGAUGCAUCUGGAGAAGAUGAUUUCUUUUGAGCCUCUGUAGAAAUUAAGUCAUUGGAGGCAUGCCAAAUUUCUUUAGCCUUCUGAGGAAGUAGAGGCAUUGGUAUGGGUUCGCAGCCAUCGUGUCAAUGUGGUUAGACCAGAUCAUAUUAUUGGUGAUAUUUACACCUUGGAUCUAAGCUCUCAACCAUUUCAGCACCAUUGAUACGCUUUUUAAAAAAAAGUCCCCAAUCUUCAUUUCCAGCGUGAAACUGGUAAUACAUCCUGACAGUCGUCAUUUAGUUUUUCUUUAAACCACCUACCAUGCUGUCAGCACUGAAUUCACAGAUUGCAAUGUGAUGUGCGGCUUUGCUGCCCCUGUUGCCAUGCUGACACAAGUGCUUGAAGUUGGCCAAAUUAGUACAGCAAUCAGUUCAAAGUAUCUGGGAAAAGCUUAAAAUAUGACAUUCUGUAAAAGAAGACAUUGUAUUUAAUUUAUUCUUGGCAUACACAAUCUUAACAGUUUAAUAAAUUGCAAGUUAGUGUCUGGAAUAUAUUUGAUUGUCUUUAAACUGGCAACAAACAGCUGUGAAAUAACACACAUUCUUUUCAUCUGGGCUCUUGCUCUACUAUUGAAAGAUUUAAACUGCCCUCAGCCAAAAUUUAAGAUACUGCUCUUGGGAACAAAAUGAAAAACUAGCCAAGCUGUUAUUUUUUUUGAUGUUCAGUAAUCAUUCUUCUGUAACUUUGGUACUUAAGGAGUCACUUUCUUCCCCAUAGUAAAUAUUAUGCUAUAGUUCAUUGGUGCCCAAUUUCAAUUGUGCAUUGUCGCUGCCUUUUUUCAAAUUGUUUAUGAAUAAAGUUUGUCUGUGAGACAGUUUGUCCCAGGAAAUGAAAAGGCCUAUACAGUAAAGGUUACUGUAAAUGUGAUUUAUCAGGUUAUUGAGACUAGGAAUUGCGAGUAAAAUUGUCUUUUCACCUGUCAAGUCUCAUUCUGUGUUGGCUGAUUUAGGACAGAACACCCGGAGGGAGGAAUCCCUGUUUCUCCUCUCACAAUGGUCAAAAGGGCAUGAAUUAUGAUUUUAAAUCUUCAUACUGCAAGUUGGGCUUUUACCACCUAUGCUUAUUUAUAGAUGUAAUCAAUUUGUCAUGCUGUUGUCUCGCCCACAUCCAUCCCCUCAGUUCAAUUUACUGCCAUUUGGCUGUCUAAAUUUAUAGAAACUACGUUUAAAACUAAUGAGGGAUAUUCAUUCUGUUGCACAGAAAUGAUGAUCAGUUACAAAUUUUCCCAAAAUCAACUAAGUCUAAGGAACAGUCUAAAACAUCAUACUUGUGUUUCUGAAAGGUAUUGUGUAAAUAAAAGUACAUCACAGAGUGCCUUUUAUAUUCAAUGCUGUUACCUGUCUGACGCUAUGUGACACCCCCCCGGCCCCCCCCCCCCCCCGCCUCCCCCCAAUGACGAGGAAUAGCUCUCCUCAUCCAGGGAUUUGCAGUAUGAUUUUCUCCUGCAUUUGGUGUCCAGCGGGAUUUUUAAGUGGCCCUGCAUUCACGGGUUUUGCAUUUCCCUUUUUUCUAAGGGUUUCCAUUGUAAAUAUGUACAUUUUCUAAAGAUGUCUUCAAGUAGCAGCACGUCAGAAGAUUUAGUUACCUGGUUUCAGUCAUCUUUCAGUGUGCUGACUUGUACAAUUAUCUUUUAAAAGGUACUUGGACAAUAAAGAAAAAAUAAGUGAA